AAUUUGGGGCAGCUCCUAAUGCAAGGUUAGGCCUGUUAUUCGUCUAACCCGACUGGACUAUAAUUAAUAGAAUGUAUGGAAAAACACCAAUAAUGUCGCUACCUUGGUUACGGCGCAGAAACACGUGUGUUGAUGUUUACCCUUUUUUGUUCCAUUUGGCAUUAAUCCAAAACAUUGCAUUUUGCUGUGGGUUUUAAUGUCCAGUGAAAGGCUGAAAAUCUUCUACCAAUGUACCACAAUAAGUAUGCCAUGAAAAUUUAUUGGACGUGAACGAAGAUGAGAAUAUUUUUUUACGUUGCGAGAGACCAAUGUAGAUAGCUUGAAAGAAAGAAAAUUGGAAAAGGACCCAUUUCUUAGAAGUUUCCUGGAUAAAGACACCACAGAACACAAACCUCCAGGGUUUAAUCUUUUCGACCCCCUACAUUUGAAGGACAAGGCAAAGGAUACCAAAGAUGAUAAACCUCCAAAUCUCUUGGGCAAUAUUUUUGACCCACUGCAUCUUAAGGACAAAGGAAAAGAUAUAUCUGAGAAAGCUUCUGAUGCAGUAGAAAAAGGUACUGAUGACAAACCAGCACCAGUAAAUCUUCUAGGUAAUCUUCUAGAUCCAUUGCAUCUUAAGGAUAAAGCUAAAGAACAAACAAGUCGCCCUACUAUGCAGGAUGAAGCCACUGAUACAGAGACUGAUGCAGUAGAAAAUAAAAGUUCUUCGGAAGAAAAGCCUGCUCCAGUGAAUCUAUUGAGUAAUCUAUUAGAUCCAUUACAUUUAAAGGAUAAGGCUAAAGACCCUAAAUCUGAAAGUUCUUCGGAAGAAAAACCUACUCCUGUUAAUAUUUUGGGUAAUCUGCUAGAUCCCUUACAUUUAAAGGACAAAGCCAAAGAUAUCACUGAUAAGGUUUCCGAUGUCGUAGACAAUAUUGCAGAACCCGAAACUAAAAAUACUUCAGAAGAAAAACCUGCUCCAUUGAAUCUACUGGGUAAUCUUUUAGAUCCAUUACAUCUAAAGGAUAAGGCUAAAGAGAUCACUGAUAAAGUUUCUGAUGCAGCACAAAAUAUUGCAGACCCCGAAACUAAAAGUUCUACGGAGGAAAAAACUGCUCCUGCUAAUCUUUUGGGAAAUCUUUUAGAUCCCUUGCAUUUAAAGGAUAAAGCUAAAGAUAUUGCUGAUAAAGUUUCUGAUGCAGCACAAAAUAUUGCAGAUCCUGAAACUAAAAGUUCUUCAGAGGCAAAACCUGCUCCUGCUAAUCUUUUCGGUAAUCUGUUGGAUCCGUUGCAUUUAAAGGAUAAAGCCAAAGAGAUCACUGAUAAGGUUUCCUAUGCAGUAGAAACUAUUGAAGACCUCGAAAGUAAAAGUCCUUCGGAAGAAAAACCCACUCCUCCCAAUCUUCUGGGCAAUCUGUUAGAUCCUCUACAUUUAAAGGAUAAAGACAAAGACAUCACUGAUAAGGUCUCCAAUAGGGUAGAAACUAUUGCAGACCCCGAAAAUAAAAGUUCUUCGGAAGAAAAAACUACUCAUGCUAACAUUCUUGGUAAUCUCUUAGAUCCCUUGCAUUUAAAGCAUAAACCCAAAGACAUCUCUGAUGAGGUUUCCAGUGCAGUAGAAACUAUUGUAGACCCCGAAAGUAAAAGUUCUUCUGAAGAAAAACCUACUCCUUCUAAUCUGCUGGGUAAUCUGUUAGAUCCCUUGCAUUUAAAGGAUAAAGCCAAAGACAUCACUGAUAGGGUUUCUGAUGCAGUAGAUACUAUUGCAGACACCGAAAGUAGAAGUUCUAUGGAAGAAAAACCUACCCCUGCCAAUUUUCUGGGUAAUCUGUUAGAUCCUCUACAUUUAAAGGACAAAGCCAAAGACAUCCCUAAUAAGGUUUCCGAUACAGUAGAAACUCUUGCUAAACCCGAAUUUAAAAGUUCGUCGGAACAAAAAACAGCUCCUGCUAAUCUUCUGGAUAAUCUGUUAGAUCCUUUACAUUUAAAGGAUAAAACCAAAGGGAUUUCUGCUGUUGCUUCCGAUGCAGUAAAAAAUAUUCCUGACCCCAAACAAAAAACUUCUUCGAAAGAAAAUCUUGAUCCACUCAAUCUUCGGGAUAACUUAUUAGAUCCUCUACAUUUAAAGGACAUAGCUAAAGAGAUUGCUGAUAAAGUCUCUGAAACAAUAGAAAAUACUGCUAACAACAAAGCUAGCAUUUCGCCUAAAGGAAAACCUGAUCCAGUGAAACUUUUAGAUAAUAUAUUAGAUCCUCUACACUUAAAGGAAAAAACCAAAGAGAUCACUGAUAACGUUUCCAAUAUCAUAGGAAAUAUUACAGACUCCAAGCCAUCGGAAGAUAAACCACCUCCGUUGAAUAUUCUUGGUAAUAUACUAGACCCAUUGAAUCUAAAGGGCAAACCUAAAGACGUAUUAGAUAAAUCAAACCAACCGGAUCUUCUUGGUAAUUUGUUAGACCCUCUAAAGCUAAAGGACAAAGUUAAAGAUUUAACUGAAAAAGUUUCUGAUACAGUAGAAAAUAUUGCAAAUUCCAUGCCGAAAAAUGCUUCAGAUGAAAAUUAUAUUCCAAAUAACCUAUUAGGCAAUUUACUGGAUCCCUUGCACCUGAAGGGGAAAAAUUCAGUAGACAAUAAAAAAGUUGAUGUUCUUGGCAACUUGCUAGACCCUUUAAAUUUAAAGGACAAAGCUAAUGACAUAGCGGGAAGAGUUUCUGAUGUCGUAGAAAAUAUUACUGAUCCUCUAAAUUUAAAGGAAAAAAGUAGUAAUUCUGUGAAAGAUAAACAGAAUUUAUUCGAAAACCUAUUGGAUCCAUUACAUCUAAAGGAUAAAGAACAAGAGCUUCCACGUGAUCCCUUAGCCAAUAUUUUAGAUCCCCUUAAUUUGAAGGACACAGCUAAAGAUCUAACUGAGGUAGUUUGUAGUGUAGUCGAAAACAUUCCUGACCCUUUAAACUUAAAGGAUAAAAUAAAUAAUUCAACUAAAGAUAAACCAAACUUGUUGGGGAAUAUAUUAGAUCCAUUGAAUUUAAAGAAUAAAGCAAAAGAGCUAAAUGACAAACUUUCUAUAAAUGAUACACGUAAUACAGGUGAUCUCUUGGGCAAUAUUUUGGACCCGCUUAAGUUAAAGGACAAACUUGAAGAUCUAUCUAGUACUGUUUCUGAUGUAAUAGAAAAAAUUCCUGACCCCUUAAAUUUAAAGGAAGUCACUGCUGCUCCUACGAAAGAUAAACUUAACUUGUUUGGAAAUAUAUUGGAUCCCCUACAGUUACAGGAUAAAACUAAUGAUUCAGCUGAAAAACCACAGCAUAUACUUGGUAAUCUUUUAGAUCCUCUACAUCUUAAGGACAAAGCAAAAGAUUUACACGAAAAAGUUGCAGGAGCUGUGGAAAAUAUUACAGAUCCACUUAAUUUAAAGGAUAAGAGUACUGAUUCAACUGAAAAGCCGCAGCAUAUUCUUGGUAAUCUACUAGAUCCUCUUCAUCUUAAGGACAAAGCACAAGAUUUACACGAAAAAGUUGCUAGUGCAGUGGACAAUAUUAUAGAUCCGCUUAAUUUAAAGGAUAAACCUAACUCAUCUGAGGAAAAACCAGGCUUAAAUCUUUUGGAUAAUAUGCUGGAUCCUCUACACUUAAAGGACAAAGCUAAAGAUCUCACAGAAAAAAUAGCAGGUGCUGCUGAAAAUUUUGCUGAUCCUUUAAAAUUAAAAGAUAAAGAAAAAACGUCUAACCCUGGAGAUAUAUUGGGUAAUAUUUUAGAUCCGCUGCAUCUAAAGGAUAAAGCCAAGGAAAUAAUAGAUAAUAAAGGUGGUAACAAUGCGGGUUUGGGAAAUAUAUUAGAUCCUCUUAAUUUAAAGGACAAAGCUAAGGACCUCAUAGAUAACACGUCCGAUCACGGUAAAGUUUUAGGCAACAUAUUGGAUCCAUUAAAUCUAAAGGAUAAAGCUAAAGAUCUGUUAGAUAAUAAAUCAGAUCCUGGAAAAGUUUUAGGUAAUAUACUGGAUCCUUUAAAUCUAAAGGACAAAACUAAGGAUCUGUUAGAGAAUAAAUCAGAUCCGGGUUUAGUUUUAGGCAACAUACUGGAUCCGUUAAACCUAAAGAAUAAGGCUAAAGAUUUAAUGGAGAAUAAACAAGAUCCUGCUAAGGUUUUAGGUACCAUUAUAGAUCCACUUAAUCUUAAGGGCAAAAUAUCUGAUGCAGUAAAUAAUACUCAUAACAUUAUCAAUAUUCUCCCAGAUCCUUUAAACCUUAAGGAUAAGGCUAAAGACUUAAUAGAAAAUAAAAAUGAUCCCGGAAAGGUUCUAGGUAAUAUCCUAGAUCCUCUUAACCUAAAGGAUAAAGCAAAAGAUUUAAUAGAAAAUAAAAACGACCCCGAAAAGGUUCUAGGUAACAUUCUAGAUCCUCUGAACUUGAAGGGAAAAAUAUCUGGUGCGGUAGAAAAUACCCAUAAUAUUAUUGAUACUCUCCCUGAUCCCUUAAACCUUAAGGGAAAAUCAAAAGCACUUGCAGAUACACUUGGCAAUGUUGUCGAUCAUACUACAGAUUUUAUUGACAGUUUUCCAGAUCCGUUACGAAUAAAGGAAAGACCUAAGAGACUUGCAGGUAUUAUUGAUAAUAUGCCUAACAUUAUUCCGGAUCCGUUACAUCUUAAGGAUAAAUCGCAAGAUAUACUAAAUACAAUAUCAGAUCCAAAAAAAAUUAAGGAGAAAGGUAGAAAUAUAAUUAACAUUGCUGUGCCUGGUGCCUCGCACAAUAAGACCGAAGCAGUAACUAAACCAGAAGAGCCCAAGCCUUUGUUCCCUGCCAAUGAUCCAUUUAACUUUAAGAAAAAUGCAGAAGAAGCCCAAAAGGCGUUCAAAGAGAAGGGACUUGGAGGUUGGAUUGCUACAGUGCAAAAAAAUGUUCAGAAACUAUUGGCCAUAGUUUUAAACCUUCAAAUUGUCAUCUUAAUUACUCCGGUAGUACAAGCAGCAUAUCCACUUCUUCUCACAACAAUAAAUAUUAUUAAAACAACAUGGAUUACUAUUUUUAAGGUGUUAACUGGAACAUACCUUCCAACUUUACCCAUCCCUACAGAUAUAUCUUUAGAAAAUACAAAAGCAAUGGUAUCUACAGUGUCAUCUUUUAAAAAUGAAAUAAAAAACCCUAAAGAUCUAGCAGAUAAAUUAAAAAUAGAAGUGCCUCCAAAACCUAAAAAUCUUAAAAAAUCUAUUCAACAAUUAAAUGUUCAAAAUUUAGUUUCCAGAUUUGGAAUUUUGGGUAUUAUUUUGUUUAUUACGGCAUUAAUAAAAAAGAUCCUCAAAAGAAUUAGGAAGUUUAUCAAAAUCACUAUUAAGUCCUUAGAAAGAGUUUUUCAUUUGGCAAAUGAACAAUAUAUUAAAAAUUUAGAUCGUCACUUGACUAGGAUACAAUCAGCAUCAAUGGAAAAAGUCGAGAUGCUUGUAUCUGGUAAAUCAUAUGUUCCCGAUGGAAUGCAAAAUAUUGACACAUUACGUCAAAAGGAAAUAUCUACUUUCGUAGAUAAACAAACAAUGGUAUCAACAGUGGCAUCUUUUAAAAAUGAAAUAAAAACUGCUAAAAAUGUAGCAGAUAAAUCAAAACUAGAAGUGCCUCUAAAACCAAAAGAUCUGAAACAAUCUAUAAAACAACUGAAUGUUCAAAAUUUAAUUGCCAGAUUCGGUCUAUCGGGUAUUAUUUUGUCUGUUACUGCACUAAUAAAAAAGAUCCUCAAACAAAUUAGAAAGUUUAUCAAAGUCACUCUCAAAUACCUAACAAAAGUGUUUGAUUUGGCAAUUCAAUCAUAUUAUUUUAAAAAGUUGGAUGAUUACUGUUUGACUAGAAUAAAAUCAACAUCAAUGGAAAUGCUUGUAACUGGUAAAUCAUAUGUUCCAGAUGAAAUGUCAAACAUUGACACAUUAAGUCAAAACACAGCAUCUGCGAUAGUAGAUAAACAAGCAUUAUCAAGAACUCUACUGGCUAAAAUUCCAGCAACUGAUGAUUUAACAAAAGCCAGAAUGCUUUUAAAAAACAACCUAUCUGGUCACAAAGAAAUGCCAGACACUUCAACAUGGCCCCAUAAUUUGGCAGAUAACAAAGUUAAAAUAUCCAACUCUGUAGUAUCUCAAAUGCCAGCAACAGAGUACUUAGAAAAAGUCAAAUUACUUAAGUCCACUAUUACAGAGGAGUCAUCUGUUUCUUCAGUUGUGUCUGCUGUCAUUAGUGAACAAAAUAUCUCUUUAAAUGAUAUUGUUGCAUCUAAAAUGCCAGCAACGGAAUAUUUAGAAAAAGUCAAAUUACUUAAAUCCACUACUACAGAGGUGUCUUCUGUUGUUUCUGCUGUUAUUUCUGAACAAACUAUUUCUGUGAAUAAUUCCAUAGUUAAGCUACCAAAUUCCAACCAUAUACUAGAAGAUUAUAUUCCCAAUUCAAAAAAACUUAUGAGUUCAAAAAUAUCUCCUCAAAAUGCAAUGUUUAAACUACCCAGUCCUCAUAAAUUAGUAGGGGAAGUGAUUCCUGAUUCUAGCAAAAUUGGGGAUUCAAAGUUGUCUCUAACCAAUUCACCGUUAAAUCUGCCUAGUACUGAUCAAAUUUCUGACGGUUCUCCCAGUACUAGCAAAACUGCAAGCUCAACACUGUUUAUUUCUGAAAGGGUAUCAAUAUCGAAAACAUCUGUUUCUCAUGGUAUUUUAUCUACCAAGUCGACCAUAUCAGAUAAAAAUUUGACUCUCGAAAAAACAACUCCUGAAUAUUCUAUUGUUACUGCAAAAAAGUCUUAACGACAGAAAUAACUAAAGAAUCACUAAAUGAGGCCACUUUGGUACCUAAAGUUUCAUCAAAACCUGCUGCAAUAAAUCAUCAUUUUUAAAAAGGUUUUAGAAGAAACAAUUUUAAUUUUUUAUAUUAUUUAGUCACUAAAUUUCUGUCAGUAUAUAAAAUUACACUAAUAUCGGUUAUUUGUAACUGUUAAGCUUUCCUUCUUAUCAAAUUUUUUGUUUUGUAGCUCCACAUUAUAUUGUUAAUGCCAUCUUUUCGUAGACCUGCCUCUUUGUAGAUUUUUACGUUACAUGAUCCAGUUAAUAAGCCAUUUGUACAAUUUAAACAAUAUAUUUAUGGUAUCUACUGUGAGUCAUCCUAUACAUACAAGCUGUAAUUUAUAUAUUUUUGUCAAAUUUUGGUUCCAAUAAUUAUUAUAUCCCAUUAUACCUUUCCUACCUCUCAAUUUUAUAACGAUUUUUUUAGUUUUGAUAUAAAAUAACGUAGAUAUCUA